AUGAUUCCUAUACUGUACCCUUCUCCCCGAGUAUCACAGCUAGAUGCUACUAUCCUAGACACUGAGCUUUCCGGGUUACUCAAGCAACAUCUUCAGAGCAUCUUCCGACUUCAAACGAACCGAUGGUGGGGUUACGAUAGGCAUCCUGAUCUUUAUGACUUACUAUUGAACGUACUGGUGUUCUAUUUGACAGUGGUAAGGAAUGGGUCUUCGUACGGGCUUAGUCUUCAAAACUUGAAGUUGGCAGACUUUGCUACUGGGAAGAUCAUUCUGGCCAAGAAGAGAUGGCUUUUGUUGGGGGUUCUUGUGGGGGAGUAUUUAUUCCGAAGACUUCAAUCUUAUUUGUAUUCUGUUGAUGAAGGUCGGGGUAAUUCUGAGAUCGGACCUGUUAGAUCAUCAAUCUUAACGAAUAUACAUUCUACCGCUUACAACUUCCUAAUACGUCAUAAGAGUAUACUACUUUCUAAAGCCAAUGAUUUAUUCAAAAUACUAAACCUUAUAAACUUUCUUCUUUUUUUGGUUAAUGGAAGAUAUCCUACAAUUGUCCACCGGUUACUUAAAAUAUGCUUAACUCCGAUUUCUGGAGAUUUACUUCGAUUCAAUGGAGAUAGUGUUAAUUAUGAGUUUCAAAAUAGACAAUUAGUAUGGAAUGUAAUGACUGAAUUCUUAGUCUUUAUAUUGCCAUUACUUCAAUUGAGCAAAUUGAAACGUAUGGCGUCAAGAUUAAUCAAGUUGAAUUCAUUAAAGUCAUCUUCCAUCAAUCAAGAACAAUCAAAGCCAACAUCAACUGCUUAUACGCAAUUACCUUUAUCUCAAUGUGCCAUUUGUCAUGAACAAGAAGACUAUUUAACAAGAAUGAGUGGAUCAAAGACCAAAGCUCCUACUUAUAACAUCACCAAUCCUUAUAUCACCAAUUGUAAUCAUAUUUAUUGCUAUGUUUGUCUUGCUGGAAGGUUCAAUGCUAUUGAAAAUGGUAAUGAAGAUGCUGAAAGUUGUCCCCGAUGUCGUUUGAAGUUGCAGUGGUUCAAGGAAUAUGGCAAUGACGAAGCAGACAUUGACGAAAAUGCUAUAAUGGUUGACUUGGAAGAUGUUGAGUAUCAUAUGGAGGUUCGUAGGAAAGAGGUUCUCAAGGAAUUGGUUGACCCAUCUUCAAUUGAACAUACAGAUGUUGAUGAAGAAGAAAAUGGGUUUAGUGAAGGUGAAGACAUUCAAGAAGAUUUAGGUGAAUUUGAUGGCGAUGAAUUUGAAGAAGAUGAGUUUGAAGAAGAUGAAUUUGAAGAUGAUGAAGAUGAAUUAGAUGAAUUGGAUGAAAUUCUUGAAUGA